CGCCCGCCCGCCGUUUCAUUCGCAGUUUGGAAUUUCGUCGGACGGGAGUUUUGUGAACAGGUUAAAGAUGGAAGAGAAGGAGGUAACCAACAAGAUGCUGCGAGCCGUGCUGCAGUCGCACAAAGAUGGGGUGUCCCUGGCCCAGCUGCAGUCCGAGUACAGAUCGCUCACCGGGGAGAUCAUUCCUUACAGGAAGUUUGGCUUUGCCACCCUGGAGUUGUACGUGCGCAGUAUUCCAUCAGUGGUGAAGCUCGACAUCCGGAGCGGAGAGACUGUGUGUUUUGCUGCCAUUUGUAAGGAAACGGCCCAUUUGGCCCAGCUAGUUGCUCGACAGAAGUGCUCCAAGAAGAGGAGCGGUGGGUCACGUCUGGUCAACUGCCAAAUCAGAAGGAAGGAGCCGCGUUUCACCAUGUCCCCUGUGAAGCUGAAGAGUUCCCUACGGCAGCCAGCUGCAGCAGGACGAGGAGUUAAGCCACCGGCCCAGUCGGCGAGUCGACCUGCAAGAGCACUGGAUGUACUGAUGCCGAAGGCGCCUGCUGGUCGAGACGGGUUUGAAAGCUGGCAGACGCUUCCUCUAAAGAUUCAGAAAGCUUCAUUAAGGAGCCCAGCCCAAGCAAACGCCAGUGCCCUGCCCAGUGUUAAGCCCAAGAUGCCUAAUAAAGACUACAAUGUGUCCUUAGUCCAGACUCGUCUGAAGGACAUACUUGCAAAAUUCAGCCAUGGCAUUUGGAUUUCAAGCCUUCCACAGUUUUACAGAAAGUUGUAUGGUGAAGAGUGGCCCAAGGAAGCCUUUAAGGACCUGGAACACUGGAGCCACAUUUGUAUGAUUGAAAAGAGUGGCAUUUCUGAGCUUCUCUACCCAGUGCAGACCCACAUGCAAGUCCAAAGCUCUGCCGCCCCUGGUCGAAUGUCUUCACUGCUCACCAGGUCAGCCUCCCCAGCGCACAUCCAACUCCCAGAAGUGCCAGUUGAGAUAAGAGUAAAACUGGCCGAACUCCUCGACCGCUAUAGCAGUGGCCUUUGGGCUGCCGCCCUCCCUAAACUGUUUCAGGACGCUUACAAAAUGAAGUUCCCAGAGUACAUGUUGGACAAUCUGGACGUGCUGAGUGACAUUUGUACAGUGGACUACCCAAUCCCGGACAAUAAGAAAAAGGCCAUUUUAUAUGCAAGGAUUGCCGACGAGAACCAAAACAAAGUGUCCCUGAGAAGGACGCAGAACUGUGAAGACGUGGGCCGCGGCUCGGUGCCCCAGUUGGAGCUGCCAAAGGAGGAGUAUCCCUCGGUGCUGGUGGUGGAGGGCAGCAACACCAACGAGGUCGUUCUGCGGUACAUUGGCAAAGGCUACUCUCAAGCCCAGGAGGCCAUGGAGGAUGAGAUGAAAGUGUUCUAUCAUGUCAAGGAACAUUCAGCUGUGCGUAGUCCAUAUGGUGGUCAACUGGUGGCCGCUCAGACUGAAGAUGAUGAGAUCCUGCGAGCUCAAGUCUGUGAGGUGAAAGGUGGGAAGGUUAAGGUCUUCUACGUGGAUCAUGGCUUUUUUGAAAUUGUGCCCAGAAGCAGACUACUGGAGCUUGAGGAGCAUUUUUGUGCCUUACCCUUUCAAGCUGCGAAGUGCCGACUUGCAGGCCUGGAGAGUUUCAGCAAGGAGCCUGCUGUGCUGGAGAGAUUUGACGCCAUCGCCUGUGGCAAAAUUUUACUGGCUGAAAUACUGGAGCGGAGUAAAACGCCUUUAGUUGUUCUGUACGACACGUCUCAGGAUGAUGACAUUAACAUCAACGCCAUGUGUCUGAAGGCUGUGGUGGACAAAUCCCUGGAGCUCCCUCUUAAGGUUGACUGCCUCUACUCUGGUGUUUUCGUGACUCAUGUCUCCUCCAGUGGGACACUCUAUUGUCGGUUUCCAUCAAAAGGGCAGCAGAGACUUACAGAGACCUUGGAAAAAAUUGAAAGUUAUUUUCACUCAAAGGUCAUGUCAGAUUUUUUGGUGUCCCUGCCAUUUUGUGGAAAACUCUGCCUGGUGCAAUCCAAAGGGAUGUGGUCACGUGUUGAGGUUGCCAAUUUGCAUGGAAGCAGAGUGGUGGACAUUGUUUUUGUUGACACUGGAAUGCCAGCUUCUGUGGAAGUGAUUGAGCUUCGUGAAAUUCCUUCACUGUAUCUGCGAGACUUGAUUAGCAUCCCGCCACAGGCCGUGAAGUGCUGCCUGGCAGAACUGUGCGCUGUGGGCUCAUGGACGCCGGAUGCUGUGCUCUGGCUUAGGCAGGCCGUGUUGAAUUGUGCUGAUUGCAGUGUCAAGGUGGCCAGACGCGAUGAGCUCUUGGGGCUGCUGCAUAUUCAUUUGUUUAUAUCCGUGAACUUUUACAAGACUGGGCAGAGCAUCAACAUGAGGAUGGCACAGUCAGAGCUGUGGCAGCACCAAAAGGAUGUGCUGUUGAGCAGCUGCCCGCGCAGGCCCUUGAGUGGGGAAGGCUCUGGGCCCCAGGCACAGGGGCACUCCAAAUUAAGCAGUGACCUCCAGAUGCCUCUGCUGCAGUUGCCCCCGUCUGGACAGAACAUGGAUGUGUUUAUUUCACUGGCUUGCCAUCCUGGACACUUUGUUCUGCAGCUCUGGCAGGAGCUUUACAAGCUGGAUGUCCUCCUUGGAGAAAUGAUCCUCUAUUACAAUAAGCUGGAGGAGCACCGUGCACCAAUUGUGCAGAACCAGAUAUACGCUGCCAAGGUGGACAACAAGUGGCAACGUGUGCUGGUCAAGGGGGUGCUGAAGACCGGACUGGUGUCUGUUUAUGAGCUGGACUAUGGCCGAUACGAACUGGUCAGCUGUACUCGUGUCCAUCCCUUGAUUGAGGAGUUUCGUCAACUGCCUUUUCAGGCUGUCCGUGCUCAGCUAGCAGGGGUGAACAACACGCAGUGGUCCGAGGAAGCUGGGAUCUUUUUCAGACAGCAUGUUGAGAAAAGGGCCCUCGUAGCACAAAUCAAAGCCGUUCACGAUGGUCCCCAGUCCUGGGACAGGCGACUCCAGGUCUAUUUGGUGGACACGUCAGAAGACGCAGACAUUUGGAUUCAUAAAAUCAUGUCGACCUUCACUGAAGCGCGGAGCCUUGCAGGAGACGUGGCCCUCUAGUUCCUUGUUAGACUUCAUUUGCACGCGUUUGUGCUUUUUGUUGUUCCUGCCAGGCCAGUGAUGGGAAUAAAACCUUUUCUUUUUUUCUUUUUCUUUUUUCA